GAAAGAUCACAAUCAGACAUACUUUUGCCCCCAUGCCAGAGAUUUCCACGCCAUGUUCGACUGGUGCGAAAGCCAUGAGAAGCUGCAGCCCGUGCUGGAGGCAGCCCUUGGUUUCGCGCAGCAGGAGGACGAGCAACUUCGUGUGCUGGACGUGGGCUGCGGCACCUCCACGCUGGCGCUGGCGCUUUGGGACCAGGGCCGCCGCAGGGUGCACGCCGUGGAUGUCGAUGGAGCAGUUAUACGACAGAUGGCCUCGUCGCACUCAGCUGAAGGAUUGACCUUCGAGGAAGUUGAUGUGACCAGGCAGUCCCUGGGCGAGCACUGCUUUGACUUAGCCAUAGACAAGGGCACCAUGGACUACCUGCUUUGCAUCGAGAUCCAGCCAGCUCUAGCGGCAUUGGCAGCAGUGCGCCGUGCUCUGCGAGAAGGGGGCGUUUUGCUCCUGGUGUCCAUCCAUCCCGUGGACUUGUGGAAGGCCCUCUUCGCAGCCUUGCGGUCAGAUGGUGCGCUGGGCUUUGAAGAGCUGCAGUGCUGGUCGUUGCCGGCGAGUCGAGGAGGCGACCAGACCGCCGCCUUGGCGCUGCGGCGCACGGCUUCCGCAAGCCCAUGCGUAGGGUCCACGGCGGAGGGCGCGGCGGCUGCCGUGCUGGACCAACACUUUGCCGUUGAGGCGCCCUUGCUCACGGAGCAGCGCCGCGCGGAGCUCCGGCGCGCCUGGGGCGGCGAGGAUCGGCGGCCCGCGGAGGAAGUGCACCAGUUGCUCUUCAGUGCGGCGGAGCAGGCAGAGUACACGCUCCAACUCUUCCUGGAAGAUCUGAAUGCUGGCGAAGAGCCAAAGGUCACGCUUUCGCUGGCAGAAGCAGAAGACUUCCUACGGCAGAAUCAGUGA